ACAAACGUCACCUUGAUCAUUCUCGAAACGGCAACGAACGGAGUCUUAAGAGUUGGGCAGAGAUGGAGGAACAGUUCAUUGCCGCUUUUCGUGGCACAUUAGAGCCAAACGUAGAAACGAUCAAAGCAGCUGAAAAGCAUCUACGUGAAGUGUUACAUCCUCAUCCUUCAGCUGGAAUGGCAUUGAUCAAGAUCGUAUUUGCAGAUGGACCACUUUCAAUCAGACAGGCAGCUGCUGUCAACCUGAGCAAGUGGAUCAAAGAAAGGUGGAGUCCAUUCUUUGCUGAAUUCGAGGGCUUUCAACAAACGGUAGGCGAUAAAGUUGAAACGGUAGCUUUGUCCGUAGACCAGAAACCGCCUAUCCGAGAAGCACUUUUGAGUGGACUUGCACUUCAGGAAACCAAACUUAGAGGGCCCAUUCUCAAAGCGUUGAUCAGUAUCGCAUCUUGUGAUUGGCCUGAUGAAUUUCCCGAUCUCUUACCAAAAGUCCAGUCUUUAUUACAAGCACAGGGUCAAGCAAAGGAAAGCAGUUACGCUGUCGAAAGUGCUUUGGCUUUCUUGGAUGAAUGGUUUUAUUCUUCGAUGGACGAAACAAGCCUAAUGUCAAUCACGCGGGAGCUGUUCCCUGAUCUGGAGCGUAUCUUAAGCAGUCAAGGUGCAUACUCUGCUCAAAUUCGUUGUCACUGUGUCAGCAUUCUGAAUCAAACCCUAGAGACGUUAUGGAUGGUAAAAGAGCAAUACCCAGAUGCAGCAAAGACUGUUGCGCAAGAUAUGUUGCCAAAAUGGCUAAGCCAUUUGGAAAAUAUUCUCAAGCCUGAUCCAGCACAAAUCAUUGCAGCUUUCAGUCAAGGUAGCAAUGGCACCUUUCCGCAAAGAGCAGGAGAGGAAUUGGCAUUACAAGCACAGGCAUGGCAAACACUCAUCACUGCUACCCACUUUGGCUCGCACUUCAAACCACGCCUAAUAGCACUUCAGUCGCAGGCGCUAUCAAGUCUUACAACUCUACAACGUCCUUUUCAAGAAUAUCACAUUUCUGCCCCAGAUGAAAUAGAGGGCACGAGAGAUCUGACAUUCUUUGCUACCCCAUCAAAUCUUGCCGCAAAGAUUAUUGAUUUCUUUGGAGUCAUUUUACAGAAGAGUAAAGACACCUCAAACAUGGAUGUGCUGAACACAUUUAUUCCUCUUUUGUGUUCGUAUUCCCGCAUCACUACCGGAGAGGAAGAAGAAUGGCUGGCGAAUGUCUCUGAAUUUGUGGCAGCAGGAGAGGAUGAUGAGUUGGGCGCACUCAACAACUCUACCCGAGGCAGAUGUGCAGACAUUCUGGGAGAUCUAAUGAUGAGCAAGCCUAGCGAGGUUUCUGCCUCAUUGCAAAACACCGUUCGACUAUCUCACAAUACAGGUCAAGAUUUGCGCAAUGCAGGACAGGCAAGUUGGUGGAAAGAAGAGGAGGCUUGUUUGGCGUUGAUCGGUGGGGUGGCCGAAUACAUUGUUGAACAGAUUGAAGACGCAAAAGAUAACGGUCAAAAGCCUACCUUUGAUGUUGAAGGUGUGUUUGGCUCGAGUGUGAUGCCCUAUAUUGCAAAAGGUACGCCACACUUCUUGUACGGAAGAAGCUUUGUCUUUGCAUCACAAUUUGCAGGCAUCCUGCCAACGCAUCUUGCAACUAGCUUCUUGGAAGCAGCUGUGAACGUAAUGGAGGAUACUUCUGCAGAGGAUGAAGAUGCUGAUGCAAUCACAAAGUUAUCUGCUGUACGAUGUGUGAAGAAUUUCCACAGACAUUUGGACGAUGAAGUUGUUCAACCAUACACGGCUCGUAUCUUGGCAAGAUUGGCGCCUUUGCUUCUCAACGCAAGUGAAGAUGUUUUGGUGCUGAUUAUCGAGACUCUACAAGCAGUCGCCGUUCAACGUCAAGCCCAUUCUGGGGCUAAUAUACCCUCACAUUUGUACGGAGAGAUGUCGCAAGCAGCCAUAAAGGCGUGGGCAAAAGAAGCCAUGGAUCGUGUUUUGCAAUCCGCCAUUGAGGAUCUAUUGGAAGCAUUUGCCGGACAGCCAUCAGAUCAGUCAGCUUUGAGUACAAUCCAAGCUUCUAUACCGAUUAUUAGUGAAUUGUUGCGUAAUGAAGUGCAAUUGGCAAGUACUUCCGCCAAGAAUCGCUCAGGUAUUAUGGCUGAAGGAGCAUUGGAUUUUGCCGUUGCUUUAGUUCGUGGUGCAAAGAAAGAUGUUCUAGCCCAAUCAGACAUCGUCAAUACCUUCUUCCCUACCUUGUUUGCCACUGUUGAGCAGAUCGAGGAUAGAGAAGUGUACGGUAGUGCUGCUACAGUUUUAUCAACACUUAUUACGAAAAUUCCAGAGCAGAGUCUGUCUUGGCAAAUGAAUGGUAUUCCGGCCGUGCAACCGAUUCUUACGCUGGUAUCGAAGAUGAUCUCGCCAGAUGACAACUCCGAAAGUGGUGGAUUGGCUGUUGGGGAUCUGUUAUCGACACUUUUACGCAAGCAACCUCAAAGUGUUUCAGAUCAACUUCCAAGUUUGUGUCAAGCAUUGAUUACACGUUUGGCAACAUCUUCUAGCACAUCUCUCGUUCAAUCUUUGGUGAUCCCUUUGGCAUUUUUAAUGAAGGAUCACUUAGAGAUUGUUCUGGGACUUUUGUUGCCAUACAACAUUGCCGAUGUUGAUGGAACUCAGAAACCUUCUUUGGAGAUUCUGGCGAGAAAGUGGGUUGACUUUGCUGCCAAUGUUCAAGGCUUUUGGCAUAGUCGCGUUAGUACGAUCGGACUUUGUGGCUUAUUCAAAGCUCGAACGACGUUACCAGGAGUCGCAGAACAAUUAGAUCACAUCAAUGUCGAUGGAGAUCUAUUACCGGAUGAUGUGAAUAUCAUCAAAACACGAUCGAGGUCAAAAAUGAUGCCAGACAAAUUUACACAAGUCCCAAUUCCUGCUAAGAUUAUCAAAGUAUUGAUUGGAGAAUUUCGUCAAGCAACAGACGGACCACCAAAAUCUUCCGCUGAAGAAGAAAGAGAUGCUGUUUCAGAUGAUGAAAAUGAAGAUUGGGAUGAUGAUGAAUGGGAUACCGGAACGGUGAAAGAGGGUAGUACGCAAAAGAGACAGAAUUUCUUGUCUGACAUGUUGGGAGAAGAUCUCAAUGAUGAUUUGGACGCCCUCUUGCGCGAACAUGAUAAAGAACAAUAUGGCGAUGAUCCGAUUUGGAGUAUGAACUUUAGAACCUACUUGAUCGAAUUCUUCCGGGAGAUCGGCAGCAAUAAUGACUUGAUUUCAGCUCUGGCUCCUUAUCUCAACGCUGAUGAGCUCAAUAUUUUACGCACGAUCAUCGGCUAAUAGGAAUUUAAGAGAGUAAUAGUAUUAAUAGAUAUCACAUAAUGACAAAGUAUUACCUCAAAGGGCAU